UUUGCACACGCUGUUGCUUUUCCUUUUUCCUUUUACUCCCCUUUCUCUUCCGCUCCCUCUCUCUCUCUCUUCUCUCUCUUCUCUCUCUUCCCUUAUGUUUGUUUUUCCUCGCCUACGCACGGUCCAGCGACGUCUCUUCUCCAGUCUACAACCGGAAGCAGCCGUUGCCCAACAAUAUCGUCCGUCGGAAGCUCCAUAUUUAACCGACACGUUCGGCCGACAGCACAACUAUCUGCGGAUCUCUCUGACGGAGAGGUGUAACCUACGAUGUACAUACUGUAUGCCUGAGGAAGGUGUCCCGUUGACCCCGCACGACAAACUCUUGACGACGGACGAAAUCUUGUCCUUGGCACGACUGUUUGUUUCGCAAGGCGUAACCAAAAUCCGCUUAACAGGAGGCGAGCCCACGGUGCGGCCAGACCUGAUAGAUAUCAUCAGCGGCCUGAAUGAACUCAAAGCGGAAGGCCUGCAAAGCAUCGGCAUCACCACCAACGGGAUCGCUUUAAAACGGAAACUGCAAGCUCUGCACACAGCAGGAUUGGACUCGCUGAACAUCAGCUUGGAUACGUUGGACCGGCACAUGUUUGAGAUCAUGACACGGAGGCGAGGGUUUGAUAACGUGCUGGCUUCGAUCCGACAGGCAACGGACCUGGGCUUUAAUUCCGUCAAGAUUAACAGCGUUGUGAUGCGCGGGACCAAUGAUGAUCAGGUCUUGAACUUUGUCGCCUUUACCCAAGACAGCCCUGUCACUGUUCGCUUCAUUGAAUACAUGCCGUUUGAUGGCAACCGGUGGAAUAAGGAUAAACUGGUUCCGUACCGAGAACUUGUGGAUCGCAUCGAAACACGAUUCGGGCGUUUGACAAAACUCGUUGAUGAUCCAAACGAUACUACCAAAGCAUACAAAGUACCUGGAUAUCAAGGAAAGAUUGGCUUUAUCUCAUCCAUGACCAAUCAUUUUUGCGGAACCUGCAACCGACUUCGGAUCACGGCAGACGGCAGUAUCAAAGUGUGUCUGUUUGGAUCGACCGAGGUUUCUUUACGGGAUAUGCUGCGGCAAGGCUAUAGCGAAGGCGAGCUGCUCCACUACAUUGGUGCAGCUGUGCGCAAGAAGAAGAAACAGCAUGCAGGUAUGUCUGAACUUGCCUCAAGGAAAAACAGGCCGAUGAUCUUGAUCGGUGGAUAG